UAGUCUCUAACUCCAAGCGACUGUAGCGGCAGCACCAUCAGCAGCUUGUGAAUGGUCCCCGCCUCUCCGGGGAGUUUCCUCCACGGGGAACUUUUACUUUAUGUGCAGCACCUGUUGUGUCGCCAGUCGGCCGCCUGCGCUCGCCAAACCCUCGGAGCCACCUCUAGACAUUCAUUUCCUUCAGAAAGUUGGAGGCGCAACGCUACAAGUGCCAUUUUGCCCAGAGACGCUCGCUAUGUGUUGCGUUCCUCGAAUGGACUAUUAGUGUUUGCAAGGGAAAGUCGAACACAUUGCAAACAGACAAAUGCAUGUUGCGCGUCUCAGCAAAUCUUGAUUUACAGCACGUUUCCAACUGUCCUCCAGAACACUCGUGUUUAGGCGAACAGGUGUGCGCACACUAAAAGUUAACUGCUAUUAAUGCUUAACUUUGCGCAGAUGCUCCUCGGGAAACUUUCCACAGAGAAGUUUUCGCGGUAGAAACUCUGACCGAUCAGGAUUAUGUGGACUUUACUUUACGCGUGCCUCUUACAGAUGUGUCCAAAGUUGGAUACGCGUCUCACGAGCAAUAUUUCUGCAUGGUGAUUGAAACAACACAUGCUAAGUGCCUAUAAGCACCGACAGCCACCAUUUAUCCAAAUGAUUCCAUUGCUUCUCUUGACUCUUAUAUCGUCUCUUCAUCAGCAUGAGUCGGUGGCGGAAUCGAGUCACAUCAGUAAGAUUCACUACGCCAGCACGAAACAGCAGAAUGGAGUGCAUGAGUUUCAUCAUGAGAAGGUCCUCAGUGUCACUGGGGAUGGAAUUCUUCAAAGUCCUGACUUCCCCAACACUUAUCCCCGGAAUACAGUUAUAGUGUGGCGGCUGGUGGCAGUCACGGAAAGUUCCAGGAUCCAGUUGACCUUUGAUCCUCGCUUUGGUCUGGAGGACGCCGAGGAUGGCAUUUGCAAGUAUGAUUAUGUGGAGGUGGAGGAGCCUGUCGGAGGCAUAGUGUUGGGUCGUUGGUGUGGCUCAGAGAUGGUUCCAGGGCCCCAGGUAUCCAAGGGGAACCAGAUCCUGAUCCGCUUCGUCUCUGAUGAAUAUUUUCCCUCUGAUCCAGGAUUCUGCAUCCGUUACUCUUUGCUUCAACAGAGACCGUCAGAGCCGGAGGCCACUGCAGUGAUGCCUGCAUGGAUGCAGAGUGUGGAUGCUCUGAGUGAAGCUGUAGCUGGAUUCAGCACGAUGGAGGAAGUAAUGAAAUACCUGGAGCCGGAUCGCUGGCAGGUGGACAUGGAUGACCUCUACAAGCCCACCUGGCAGGUGGUGGGCAAAUCAUUCUUCCACCAAAAGAAAUCCAGAGGAGUAGUGGACCUGAACCUGCUUCGUGAGGAGGUACGGCUUUACAGUUGCACUCCGCGGAACUUUUCGGUCUCGUUGCGUGAGGAGCUGAAAAGAACAGAUGCCAUCUUCUGGCCCAGCUGUCUGCUGGUGAAGCGCUGUGGAGGGAACUGUGCAUGCUGCUCUCACAACUGCUAUGAUUGCCAGUGCUCGCCCACCAAAGUGGCCAAAAAAUACCACGAGGUUCUGAUGCUGAAACACAGGGCAGGGGGUCGGGGGCUUCAAAAGACUCUAACGGAUGUCCUCCUGGAGCACCACGAGGAGUGUAGCUGUGUGUGUAAAAAAGACUCUGACUAAAACAGUCCCAGGGAGAGAGCAACACUGGCCCCCCCAACAGACUCACCCAGGGAAAUAUUUAGUGCUUAAAUGAGCGAAAGAGUUUUUACCCUGACGUUGCAAACUAAUGAAACCCAGCGCUGGAUAUCUUUUUAUUUUGACUUAUCUAAGCCUGCGGUUCCAUUCGUUUUGGGCUCGCAGAUUCAUAAAGAAUUGGGCCAUGAAGAAGUUUCCAUUGGCCCUGUGAUAGAAUGGGAUAUUUGGAUAAAAACUGAACACAGUCUUGCUUCUCCGUGUGUAUGUGGAGCUUUGCGAACAAUGUGUAUGUGUACAUUCACAAAUCUUUUUCUACGUGUGAGUGAAUGCAUAGAGCUGUGUCGGUUCAGGAAAUGAGGUAUUUCAGGAUAACCAGCAUAGUCAAGGCCUGAACUGAGGUUGAUAUUACUUGUGAAACAAGUGGAUUUGGUGUGUUCUUUUAUAUAAUUUUUCUCUAUGCUUUUUAUUUUUUAACACAACUUAAAAAUAUCAGAGGACCUUGACUAUGCAUCCAUUUUCAACAAACCAAGGACAGUUUUUUUUUUUUUUUUUUUUUUGGGUUAACCAGAAAAUCUUUUGCUCUUUUCUUAUGUACUAUAGACUCAUAUGAGAAUGGCUUCAUUCAAGAGAGAACACGAAAAUAUAAAAGUGAAUCUUGUGUAAAUAUAUUUCAAAUUGUGAUUUGCUGACUUUUCCUGUCAUCACAGUUUUUGGUACCAAAUUGUGGGCAUGUAAGAAUCAUUUUUCCCCUUUCAUAAUCACUGUUGUAUUUUCAGUAUUAGUUGCUCUUUUUUAGAGACAUUUAUACGCUUGUGUUUUUUGAGUAGAUGUUUUAAUUGCCUAAUAAGAUGGUUAUUUUAACUGGAGACAAACUGAAAACUGUUAGAUGUUCAUGUAAAUAGACUUUUUAGAAGUUAAAGGGACAUAGAUCUGCCAGUACCAUAUUCCUCUACCAUUAAACGAUUAAAUAAA